CUCCGCGAAAUUUCCACCCUCGCCUCCUGGACUGUGUCCUCCUCCAAGCCCGGCUGCUCUGUCCCGCAGCUACGACACCCCAGCCCGCAACUCUUCUGGCAGUCCGACGGGCCCCAGCCGCACUACCUCAACAUCCACUUCUUCAAGCUCGUAAGGAUUGUGGGGCUGCGGCUGUAUCUGGAUUUCGAGCAGGACGAGAGCUAUACCCCGACGCGGAUUGUGUUUUUGGCUGGGAGUGGGAUGAACGAUCUGGUGGAGUGGGGCGAGAUGAGGCUUGAGAGUCCGAGGGGCUGGGUGUGGGCGGACUUUAUCAAGAUGCCGACGCUGCGGUGCCAUCUCGUGCAGGUUAAGAUAUUGGAAAAUCACCAGAAUGGGAAGGAUACGCAUCUUAGGGGACUGCAGGUUUUU